ACUGGUCUACGGUGUUGGGCUGCUUACUAAUAAGCUCGGGAUAUUCUGAAUCCCCCUAUCAUAAAUGUCUUGCCUUAAUCGUGUCUUACCCUACAUAGUAGAGAUCGCAACUCACACAUUUACCUUGACGACAGCAUGACCGAUGCGAACAAACCCCCGAAUCCAGAGAUUGUCCAUGUCCAUGUCACUCAUCCAGACCGUGACAAUCUUUUCCGCAUCGCGGCAACUCCCAGUGAUUUGAUCAAAAAGAAUGUGAAGACUUUCGGCGUACAAUGUACACAGUGUCAAAAAACAUUGGAUAAACUUUUGAAAUGCUCAAAGUGCAAGGGCGUCUGGUAUUGCUCAAAAGAGUGCCAAAAGAAACAUUGGCCCGCUCACAAAUCGGCAUGUCACGACGUUGAACGCUCCUCAGGAGCCCUCAAAUUCGUACGAGUGUUCUGCGCAAACAUAACGCUCAUGAUGUUCCUCAAAGUUGCUAUCAUUUAUGACUGUGGUUUGCUCGACAAUCCUCGGCUCGGGUUUGAUGUGCCUUUCAUGGCCCGUGUUGACAUCGCCGUUGAGCCAACUAAUAUUCUCGAUUUUGCGGGACUAUAUCUCAAUAACGGGCCCAUUGCGGAGAAGCUUAAAGGAAUGGUGCAAGUCAACGCCGUCUCUGCGUGGGAUCCAAAAACGCAUCCUCCCCUCACGCCAACGCGGCUGCGCUUAUGGCGCGAGGCUCGAGCACAAUCUAUCGCAGCAGGUUACGGCAAAGAUCCUGUUGGACUCAUCGAGUUCCUCAAUUAUACAGAAAACUCUACCACCGCUGCGUUUCAUAUUGCCAGCUCUAUCCUUGACAUCGCGAGGAGACGGGAGCCCUUCUUAUGCUCUUCUGCCAUCAUGGGCAAUCAAUUUGAGAAGCCCAUGGACUCUGCGACAUGUAUAGAGUAUAUCAAUUUGCAUAUUCGAGCUGAUGAGCAGAAUCAGUUGCUUUUACGGACUGAGAUGACAGAGCAAGACAAGGAAGUUAUUCGCGCCUCAGGUCGCAACGAGGACUCGCUUCCCGUUUCUCUUCUCAAUUUCAAGAUGCAAAGAGAACUCCUCUAUGCUAACAUAGUGAAAUUGAGACGCUAGCCAAUUACAUCCUCAAGUGUGCGUUUUCGCUUUUCAGAGUGCUGAACUCUUUCCGAUUAUUGCAUGUAGACAGCAAACGACUGAAUGUGUUCUCGUAUAAACAAGGUUGGAUUGACUGAAUGUUUGCAAAUCGUGUUAUCAUUUGCGUUGUGUGCUUGUAAAUUUGGAUCUACUAAUUAGUUCAUACGUCACUUCUAGUGUUACAUCUACUGUAUCAUCAAGUAUACUUCCUGAGUAAAAGAAAUCGUGUUAUAACUGAG